AUGGUUAAGGCUAAGAAGUCCGGCGAGACCAUCUCGUCCCGUCUCGCUCUGGUCAUGAAGUCCGGCAAGGUCACUAUGGGCUCCAAGUCCACCAUGAAGACCCUCCGCUCCGGCAAGGCCAAGCUGAUCCUCAUCGCUGGCAACUGCCCUCCCCUCCGCAAGUCCGAGCUUGAGUACUACGCCAUGCUCGCCAAGGUUCCCGUCCACCACUUCAACGGCAACAACAUUGAGCUCGGCACUGCCUGCGGUAAGCUGUUCCGCUGCUCCACCAUGGCUGUCCUGGAUGCCGGUGACUCCGACAUCCUCACCCGUGAGCAGUAA